GUAGCUGGAAUCAUGACAUCAACAGAUCGCGGAUUCAGCCUUGUGCUGUGUUUGCUUGUCUGCACAGUUUUUGUUCCAACAGUGUUAACGUCUUUCAUCAAUUAUGCUCCGGGAUUUGAAUAUCUGUACAAUCUCAACUCGGUCAUUGAGCUUCGAGAAGUUCAAACAUUUCUCUCCACAGGGCAGAUCGGCUUUGUUAACAUAGCAGAAAAGGAUGACUACCAAGAGUUGCUCCUUGUAGUACACAAAUUUACAUUUAGCCCGAAAGGGCACCCAGAGGCAGACAAUCAUCAUCAGAACUUCUCUAAAUGGUUCUCCUUUGAGAUAAGCCGUCGAGGUGAAAUACGAAAGGUUUAUCACCCGGCUGAUGAAGACGAUGAGGUUCUUUUGAUUAAGAAAGGAUUUGCUGGAAUGCUUUCAGCUAAACUUCAUCAUCGUAAUGAGGUUGAUCACGAAAGAAACCAACAAGGCUGGGGAUACAAAACAAACGAAAUUGGAAGAGAAGGACCUCACAAUGCCUCAUAUACCGUCCGUAAAACAUCAAAGGGUUAUGAAUACAUAAAGACAAGAAAUUCUACACAGAUCCAAGCCGUAAAUGGAAACGGAACGUAUGCAAAGAUUUUACAUUUCAAUGAAGACUUAAACACAAUUCAUAGCGUGAUGAUAGAGGAAGAUAUUAACAUUGACUUUUCAACUAAAGCUGGAUAUGAACCUUUUCACGCCAUGAGACCAGUUCAUGCAGUGUCAGGAUUUUCUAACAUGGGUUUUCCAACUGUAACAGCAAGUUCUAAAGACAAGCUAGAAUUUGUCAAGAAAAGAGAUUUUACAAUUGAGUUUGAGAGGCCUGCCGGUACUCUUUAUUCAAGUAUUCACCACGUGAAAAAGAUAAAAAAGCGAGCCCUUUACAAAACAAAAAGUCAAGUUAAACUCGCAGAAACAUAUAUUACUGGAAAUCUCACGUGCAUACGACAUCAACCAGAAAGAGGCUCGCCUCAACUCAGCAAAUGUUUUCACAUGCUUACAACAACUCUCGAUCAAAUGGCAGAGUCGGAUGUUGAACAGAUAGCAAACACAUUCUUCCUGACAGUGACACCUAAGAAUAAGGACGACAAAAAUACAAUGGCUGAAGCUCUCAUAGCGCUGAACAAACAAGAUGUGAUAGUGAACAUGAUUCUCAACAAUCUGCAAACAGACGAGCAGCUCCUGAUGAGAGUACUGACCACGCUUACAGCCUUAGAUCAUGAACCAUCAAUGGAGUUACUGACAACUGUUGAGAAAUUUUGCUUUAAGGGCAAACGGUCUGAACGUAUACGUCUUUCAAAAAACAUACGCCAUGUGUCUUGCUUAACAUUUGGUGGUUUGAUCGGAAGUGUUAAACAGUACGGUAAUGCAGAGCUCUCAGAAAAACUUGUACAGUAUCUCCAUGACGAACUAGGAUUACAUGAUCCAUGGUUGUUCAAGAUGAAGAGGUCAGCGAUGUCGGAGAUAGAAUGUGUAGAGUACGACCACAAUAAAGUUGUUCUUCUUGACGCCAUCGGCAAUGCUGGACUACCCGUGUCGUAUGACCAUAUCGUAUCUCAUAUCAAUUCAACAAACUCACAAUGGAUCAAACGUACAGGAGUACAUGCACUCAGAACGUUCCAUGAUACAAAAACAUUACAAGAGCUUGAGAAAGUUGCUUUAUACGAUGAUGAUGAAACUGUUCGAUAUGAAGCACUCCUGCAAUACAAAGCGCAUCCAUUAGCUAAGACAGACACCGCUGGAGACGGAACCGGACUUGCGCACACGGGCAUUUCUAAAAGAUCAAUUUUAGACUUCAAACUUGAUUUCCGACUCGCAGCACCUGGUGUAGAUUGGCGUAAAAUGAUUGGGUCAGAAUCUGUUGGCGCUUCCUUUGGUAUCGUGAUGGAAAAUCUUUUAGAUCUGCAUAUGUCACUGAUAAAAGGAGGUAUAGAUGUAAGGGUUCAUGAUGAAGCUUACGUAAGAAUUCAUCUCGGUUACAUUGGUAUAAAUUUGGACUUUUUCCUUGCAAGAAUUUGUUUCAAAGGCGGUGCAAAGUACGCUCUUAAUAUUUUAAAGGAACUUGACCCUGAACAUGGCUUUGACCUCGUCAAACAGUUUACGAGUAUUGUUGACAAAGUUGUUGGCGCUAUUAGAAGAGGAGUAGACGCAUUUACGAGAAUCAUUUCAACAGACUUCUCAUUGAAAGAUAUUGUUAACGAUUUCGUUAAAUCAGUAACAGAAAUACCAGAAAAGAUUACUCAACUGGCAAGCGGUAUAUACAGGGUCACGAAAAAACUUGCGACCUUCAAGUUAGAUAGUCUUCCAUCAUUUGUUAAGCCUAUAAUGAAAUUCAUCAAUGCGGUUGUUGCACUGUAUGAAAAGGUCAAAGGGGAUGUGAUGAAGUUUUAUAAUGCCAUUGUCCAGGCCGUUCAAGUUGUUAUUCCUCAAGCAGCUAAAGAUGUGUUCAAGGCAGUACAAGACAUAAUAAGUGGUUUCAUGAAUAUAUUUAAAGAUCCCAAAACCUCUUUAUUCAAGAUAGGAUCAGGUGUAAUGAGUAUUUAUACAAAUAUAAACUUACUGAAUGACACAAAGAACGAAAUUACGAACCAUACAUUCAUCACUGAAGGGAUUGGGCCAUAUUGGAGUGAUCUGACAGAGGAUGUUGAGAAUCUUUUUGACCUGUUUAAGGACGCUGCUACUGCAAUCAAAGAGAAAGGUGGAGAUUGGCUUCGGGAAACAGUUGAGCAUGAUGUCGCAAAAAAAUUCACGAAGGGAAAGAUAACAAUUCAUCAAAUUAAAGAGAUGAUACGAACAGAGGUUCAAAAGGAAAUACAAAAUCUGAUGGACUCUCUUGACGCAAUGAGGAAUAUAGGAGGAGGUUACCUGAACAAUUUUAGAAUUCUCUUUGACACUUUCAAAGAUCUAAAGGAGGCUUAUGAAUUGUUAAAGAAAGGUUACGAGUUUGCAAGAUCGCUCGUAGAUCGUAUAUUUGGACCAAAGUUUCACAAAGAUUUCCCACGCAAUAAACGUGUAAGCGGCAACACGUGUACUGGUGAGGGAUUUUAUCCAUCAGAACUCGGAAAUGGGCAUACUGAAUACGAAAACGACGGAAUAGAUAUUUUAAACAGCACUGGCGAUCAUGUAAUUGCACCGUUUUCUGGUAAGGUGAUACGCUCUGGCAAACCAAAUGAAAUCAUUAUGCUAGAAUGUGGUGAGCUGCCUCCAGGAUCAGAACUAAUUAUAACAAAUGUACAACCCGAGGAGGAUAUCUUGCACCCUGAUGACCCAGCUUACAUUGAAAAAAGGGUAGCUGCUGGAGUUGCUAUAGGGACAACAACGAAAUCUCCAUGCGACAAUCAUAUUCAUUUGUCGAUUCGACGAGAAGGCGGAUUUGUUGAUCCAAGCAAUUACAUUCCCCAGAGACUUAUAGAACCUCCCAAAUGGGAACAACUCUGUGAUGAUUAUAAAGUUGUUUAUAAGGGUGAAACGGUCGCGAAUGGAGUUAUAGUUGGGCCAAGUGGACGAAAGAAAGAUGAUACAUCCCAAGAUGUUCCAGUUGAUGAAUCACUAGCUACAGAUCCGAUGGAUGGAAAUGAAAGCCCUGGCCAGGAUGUUGACACUAUUAAAAACGACCCUGAUGGAAUGUUUGGCCAACUUUCUAAACGUCGACGUAAACGAGAUGUUCUAAAAACACUUACUGCAUCCUUAGAAACGCUUGUAAACAAUAUAAAGGGGUUUCUAAAACAGUUUUCUAUCCGUCGAAUCAAAAUGGGACACAUUAUACAGUUUUUAUAUGAUCUCGGACUUGACGACUCAACACAGAAAAUGGCACAGCUUGUAAAAACAGUCAAGGGCGCGAUCGACCAAGAAACGUGCGGUAGCCCAUACUAUAUGUCAGAUGAGGAUUUAGAAAAUAAAUUACUUAACAGAGGAAAAGAAGCAAAGGGCAACAGAGAUGAAAUGAUAAAAGAGCUGCUGAAAGUUGAACAUACAUGUCCUUCUAUAUCAUUCUCACUUCCAACAAGUAAAACGUUAUACUGCACACUGGAUGAGAAAUGUUUGGGUUUGGAGUGUUGUCUUACACUGGAAGCUUUUGAUUUACUACAGAAAACAUUCCGAGCUUAUAUAAGACUAGAUCCAGACCCCCUAGCGCUUUCUGUUGGAUUGGAUUCAUGGAAAUAUGUUCUAAACUCGAGCAGUCUUCAAGGCGAAAUCGACGAUGUUUUGCAAACAAACAUAAAGUUUGACUUUUUGGACGGUCAUGAAAUCAUUAUUAGGUACAAGAUUUUCGCCAAUGUAAAAGGAUUGAAGAUAUCAUUAGCAGUUGGACUUUGUGAUCCUGUUGACUUAGACGACUGUGUAAUAGAAAUUGAUCUACUGAAAGAAGCUGUAUUUCAUUUCCCGAAAUUAAACGCCAAUGGAACAAUUACAUUUGAACAGCCGGAUUUUUCAGAAAUGUACGAAGACGCCAAAAAGAGCUUGGUUGAAGGUGGUGAAAAGUUGGCGGAGGUUGCAGCAGAUGAACUUAUUGAGGCAUUUCUUGACGCUCUUGGUAUUCCAGAUGAACUACUUCUUGACGGACAGCCUUAUCAAGCAGCGAACACAUUAGAAAUGAAUGAAUUAAUUGAAUAUUUAGAAGACAAAAAUCUUCCAACUUAUGGAACACUAGAAGAUCUUCGAGAGAGAUACAAAAAUACUGAACUUAGCUGUAGUCUUACUGGAAAACAGAUCAGCCUUCCGGCUCUUCCAUUUGACUUUUUACACUACACAAUAUCAGACGACUGCAUGCGUAUUGACGCAUAUGCAGAGAUACGAAUUCCUGCUGUCGAUUACACCCGAACAUUCUCCGCUUACGUAGAGCUAGAUCCAUGCCGUUACGUCAUCAAAGCUGCAUUUGAGAGAUACAAUAUCACGUUGAUACUUUUUGAGUACAAUUGGGGAACAAAAGAGAUGCUCAAGCUGGUGGAAGAUGUAUAUGUCACAUUCAGAAUAGAUAAAGAUGAUAUCAAGAAAGUAUUUAUUAUCGAUCUUGGCAUCAAAUGCAAGGCUGCAAAUAUCGAUCAGGAACUAUUGAAAGGAUUUGAAAUACCUAUACCAAUCUGUAACGGCAAAUUUUCAUUACAAGGAAGCUUAUCAAGUAUUAAAGAAGCUCUAGGUGGUCAAAUUAACAGAGAAGUAUUUGACCUUUUGCUCAAACAACUCGGAAUUGAUGAAAUUAUACAAGAAGGUUCUUGCAAAGUACCAUCACCUCCUUCUGGCUGUCCACCUGCUAUGAAUAUUUUAAAUAUGAUACCUCCAGUUAUGAGGAAUAUUUUGCAAUGUGAACUGGCUGACAACUGUUUUGGUGUAUCUUGUUGUGUAAGCCUUAACUUCACAAUACCGUUUUCAUCGAUUGAAAUUACCGUUUCAUUUCCGGUGUGGUUUAAAAUGGAUCCUUGCGAUUUUCGACUAGACACCGGAAUAGGAUCGUUACAAUUUGAGGAGCAACUUCUUAAAUACGAAUGGGGUAAAGAGUCAAUGAUACCAAUCGGUUCAGGAAAUGAAGCACCGAUAAAAAUAAUCUAUGCCAUAGACAACUACGACGACGGCUUUAUCAUAGAUCUACGUGUUGAUAUAUGUUUACCUAUUGGCGAUGAAACACACUGCAUACCAAAAGAUGGCUUGUCAUUAUUAGAUAAAGAAAUGAUACCUGCAUGCAGCUUAACGGCUUGGUCAAAUAUAACAAAUUUCUCAUUCAACGACUGGUUGCAAGCAAAAGGAGAAAAUAUUGGUGAUCAACUGUCUGACGCUGGAAGGGACGCUCUGGUAGACCUACUCGGUUUAAAUGACCUUUUACUCUCACCCCCAUGUGACCGGAAAAGAAGUCCUUACAGCCCUUCACUUAAGGGGUGGAACAACUUGUGUCCACUCAGUUUUGUGAAUCUACCGACAUUACCAAGUAUUGUUUCAUGUAGCGUUCCCGAUUACUGUACAGGGAUUAACUGUUGUCUAGACGUAGAGCAGAUUGGUUUGUCAAUUAACGCGUUUAUUGACGUCAACAUGUGCAAUUACAUCAUAUCGGGCGGAAUCGAAACUCAGAAAUUUAAGUUCUCACUCUUUAACUACGAAUGGGGCAAGACAGUAACGAAGUCAAUCAAAGACUUUUUCAGAGUGAGUUACUCAAUAAAAAAGCCAAGUAAUGAGAAGGUGUUCAUCAUGACUCUGCAAAUAGCCGUUUGUCUUGAAAAGGAUGGCAGUUGUAUGUUUGAAAAGAAACUACUAGAUGGAACAAAGGUCCCACAAGUUGGAUGUGACAUGUCGUUUAACUUUUCAAAUUUCUCUGUAGCAUCAUGGCUAGAGAACAACGGUCUUGGGCAUUUAAGCCCAAUAGACAGUUUAUGGGGGGAUGCUAUAAAGUUCGUAACUGAAGUUAUUGGCCUUGACAAGUAUUUCCUUGAAGAGCAGUGUGAUGUAUCUAAAGAUCCUUACAAAAAUGCAACAAUGAGUUGGAAUAAUGAGUGUCCAAAGCUUAAACUUGAUUUACCCAGUUUACCAGGAUCAACAAUUUGUCAUUUUUCAUCUUCAUGCACAGCAAUAGAUUGUUGCAUUUGGGUAGAUUAUCUAAAACGUUCGUUGCAAGCGACUUUCAACAUUGACUUCUGCAAUUUUACUAUCCGAGGAAACUUGGAAACAACAUCCUUUAGCUUUAAUGUCAUCGAUUACAAAUGGGGACGACAAGCAGAGGAAACACUAUUAGAGCUGAUUAAAAUCAAAUACAAAAUUGACAAAACAGAAAAGAACUUCGUCGUGGACCUUUCUGUGGCCGUGUGUAUGGAUUCAAAUGCUCCGUGUCAAUUUUCUACAGACAAUUUUUCACUCAACAAAUGGCUGAAAGAUGUCGGACAUACGUUGGAUGACAAUCUUCCGUCGUCAUUGGUUACCCUUCUUCUGAGCCAAUUGAACAUUGAUAAAUUUCAACAGAAACCUCCGUGUACUUCAUCUGAUCAACUUUAUCGAGAUGCAAUGGAUGGUUGGACAUCAGAAUGUAAUGCAUCCAUUACCUUACCUGCAUUACCGGAAGAGAUUGUUUGUCACAUGACUGACUAUUGUACUGGUGUUGACUGUUGUUUAACCGUGGAUAUUUUAAGAACGACAAUUCAUGCUAAAUUCCUUCUUGAUACAUGCAAGUACAAACUAACCAUGGGAAUUGAAAGAUUGGAAGAGGAAGUGCUAUUGCUUGACUAUAAAUGGGGUCAGCUGAGUCAGUUUUCCAUUGGAGGUUUCUUCCGAAUAGAAUAUAAAAUAGAUGAUUUACAGAGUGAAAAAAAGUUCAUAGUAAACGUCAAGCUGAAAAUAUGUUUCGAAAAUGACGAGUGUUUGUUUGGAAUGGAUAUUCUAACGAAUGCAUAUGUGCCAAAGCCAUUGUGCGACUGGAACUCUGGAAUUGCCAUACCAGAGUUUUCAGUAACUGACUGGAUAAACCAACAAGGCUAUAAUGUGAUUGAUGAUAAUUUGAAGGACUUUAUGAUUGAAAAGUUAUUUGAUGCACUUGGGAUUGCAAAAUAUCUUGACGAUAAUGAAUGCAGUGGUAUAGCUUACCCAUUUGUGAAUGAUACAAAUGGCUGGACAUCAGAGUGUCCAAAGACCAUAGACAGCGCUGUGCUUCCAGGAUAUAUAAAAUGCCACGUUCCAUCAUACUGUACCGGAAUAGAUUGUUGCGUCCGCGUUGGCUUAGUUAAAAGAUCAUUUAAAGUUUAUCUACACCUUGAUGCUUGCAAUUACAUAUUUGCUAUUGGUAUCGAAAAGUUUGGAUUCAAUAUAUCAUUGCUUGAUUACCAAUGGGGUAAAACAGAAGAAUUUUCCAUGAUGGGUGCGUUACGUGUAAGGUAUUCCAUCAUGAACCUAGAAGCUGAAAAACAGUACGUUCUUAAUUUACAAAUGUCAAUAUGCAUGAAAUCAGCUGCGUGCGAAGAAAAUCUCGUUCUGUUAGAAGAUGCCCGUAUACCAAAAAUAGGCUGUGACUGGAAUACGUCCCUUUCUGAUUUCAAUCUAGACAAGUACCUGGAGGGUAUUGGUCAACAGCUAGAAUAUAUCGGAGACAAUUUACCAGCUAUUGUUGCUGAUAAACUUCUUGAGAAGCUUGGAGUGUCUAUGUAUAUGCUGCAAAACAGGUGUACAACUUCAGCUGUGACAGUCAACAAAUUAGAAAACAAAUGCAGCAAGCUCGAUAUUGAUCUGCAAUUGCCUGAUAUGAUGACGUGCUCUAUACCGACACAUUGUACAGCUAUAGAAUGUUGUGUCAGUAUUCCACUGAUUGGAAGAUCUGUGAGCGUCGUUGUAGACCUAGAUGCUUGUGCAUAUCAAUUGUCAAUUACAAUUGAAAAAUUUAAAAGCAAUAUACGGCUGUUCGACUAUGAAUGGGGAACUUGGCAAAGAAUCAACAUAAAAGACGUUUUUAUACUGGAAUACAUGAUCGAUGAUCUGAAAUCAAGCAAACAGUUUGUAACAUCUGUACGUAUGCUUGCUUGCUUCGACAGUGACAAAUGCAUUUUGGAUGUACCUAUCGUUGACAAUUUGUUGCUUCCAAAACCGUUAUGUAAUUUCAAUGGGACAUUUAAACUUCCGGAUUUUACACUGGACAAGUGGAUAAAUGACAACGCAAAAAAUCUAAGAGAUGGACUGACAGGCAUACUGAGAUCUAAAUUGUUCGAGGAGCUGGGUAUAACUCCGUAUCUUAUGGACAAUGAGUGCAAUGCUGGAAAUUCUGCUGAAUCUGGAUGGACAUCUGAAUGUCCUCUGAAAGGCUCACUACCAACACUUCCAGAUAACAUGAACUGCCAUCUUGUUAAACAUUGCACAGGCUUUUCCUGUUGUGUGAAUGUUCCUUUGCUGCAAAGAUCAUUUUCGUUUUACUUUGACAUGGAUAGCUGCAACUUUGCCCUUAGAGCUGGAAUAGAGAAACUAGAAUAUAAUCAGUCACUUAUAAACUAUGAAUUUGGAAAAAUAAACAAGGUUGAUCUAUUUGGAAUCAUUCAAUUCAGCUACACGAUUGUAGACAACGAGGAUUUGUCAGUCUUCAAAUUAUCAGCAGAUGUUAGUGUGUGCUUGGAUUCAAACGGUCCUUGUAACCCCGUGAUACCAUUCCUUGAUACAUUUUCAGUUCCAAAACCACUUUGCAACUGGGACAUGGAAUUUAAACUUCCAGACUUCAAAAUCGAUGAUUGGAUAAAAGACAAUGGACUAUCGCCAUCUUCCGUACAGGGAGCAGUCCUUGCAAAGCUUUUAGAUUCGCUUGGUAUAUCAAAGUAUCUUACCAAAAACGGUUGUAGCCAUGAUGAAUAUCCUUACAAAGAUAGUGUUGAUGGCUGGACUAAAGACUGCCCUUUGGAAAUGACAUUACCUGCGCUUCCAGAACAAAUUCGAUGUGAUGUACCCAGUUACUGUACAGCAGUUGAGUGUUGUCUCCACAUUGAUAUACUGAAAAGGGGAUUAAGUACAGUACUGUCGUUGGACGCUUGCUCAAAUAGACUUGUUAUUGGCAUUGAAAAUCUGAAAUUGAAUGUCACGCUUUUGAAUUACAUAUGGGGUUCUCCAGAAGUUUUGUCAUUAAUGGGUGUAGUUCGAAUCACAUACACCAUCCACAACUAUGAGGAAAGUAGACAAUAUGGUGUGGACUUGAAUCUAGAAGUCUGUCUAAAUAAUGAUAAAUGCGACUUUAAAAUAACGCUACUGAACAAUGCAACGUUAACAAAACCAUUAUGCAAGUGGGACUCUGGGUUCAUGAUACCAGAUUUCUCCCUUGAACAAUGGCUUCAUGAGAACAGCAUACCAGACAUUACGAAUGCAAUAGAUAAACUAAUGAAAGAAACUGGUUUAGAACAGUUUUUGAAUGCUGAACAGUGUGAUAGGACUGGGUUGCCGUAUUCUCCUUCCGUGAACAACUGGCGAUCAGAUUGUCACACAGAACUACAGCUUCCCAGCCUACCAUCGACAAUGUCUUGCUAUAUCUCUGACAUGUGUACAGAUGUCAAGUGUUGUGUUGAUGUUAGUCUCAUUAAGAGAUCAUUUGAGAUAUCUAUUAAACUUGACACAUGUCGUUAUCAACUUGAAGUGGAAAUUGAUAGGUUGAAGAUAAAUGUUGCACUCGUUGAUUAUAAAUUUGGAGAAGAGAGUAAAGUCUAUUUACUUGGUGUUGUAAGAUUGAGGUUCAGAAUAGAAAAGAUUAAUGAAACAUUCCGUAUGAACGCCGGUGUUGAUGUUUGCUUUGAACAUUCAAAGCCAUGUUUAUUUUCUUCCGACGUAUUAAAAGACGCCGUGGUACCAAAUGUGUUUUGCUCACAUGGAACAGGAUUUCAGAUACCAGGAUUUUCCUUCGAAGCAUGGUUAAAAGACAAAGGAAUCCAUUCUGUCAGUAAUAUUGGCGCAGAUCUAACAAAAGAUCUGUUCAAUGCUUAUGAUCUCAAUAAAUAUCUUCAGUCCCAACAAUGUGACAUCAGCGAUAGCAAGUUUAAUGCGAUGGAUGGAGGUUGUGCCCUCAACAAGAACAUCCAAAAGCUGGAUUGGUUAUCAUGUGCAAUAACAGAUAAAUGCCUCGGUGUUGCUUGCUGUAUGCAUUCGGAUAUCCUGAAAAGGUCUUUUGAAUUCGCAUUCGAGAUAGAUGUUUGCAGAUACGCUCUUGAUCUCACAAUUGAAUCAUACAAGUCAUCAUUGUUGCUGGAUACAUCAGAGUUUGGUUUUUGGAAAACAUUUGAACUGCAAGGACUUUUGAAAAUAAGAUAUCGGAUGUUUAAUAUGUUUGAGGACGGUUUACUGAUGAUUGAUGCCAGCGUUAAAUUGUGUCUUUCGGACAAUGAGGAUUGCAUCCUUGACAUACCCAUUUUUGAGCGACAGGCAGUUCCUCAGCCUCUUUGUCAAAACGAACUUGGAUUCAAUAUGAAAAAUUUUUCACUUUCUGGAUGGCUUGAAGAUAAAGGUUCUAGCGGUUUACAAUCUGUUGUACCGAAAGAUAUGGUCAAAGACCUACUUACAGAUAUAGGAGUUGCGAAAUACAUACUUCGAGACAGUUGUUCUGUUUUAUCACCUGCAUGGAAAUCUGAAUGUAGUUCCUUCAAAAGCGGAAUAAUGUUGCCAACUGGUAUCUCCUGUAUUUUGGACAAAGGUUGUAAAAGUUUGGAUUGCUGCUUAGAAUUGAGACAGUUACAAAUGACAUUGUCGUUUGGAAUGAACCUUGAUGUUUGUAGCAUGAAAUUCACAGCUAACAUAGAGGAGAUGACUGUGCAAAAAUCUCUGUUUGACCUUUCCUUCAAUACAGAACAAUCAAUGGACUUGUUUGGCAUUUUUAAAAUGACGUAUAAGAUUGUUGACUUACAAGGAGCAGGAAUCUUUUCCAUCGGACUUAAAUACAGUGUGUGUUUAGAUUCAGACAACUGUCAAAACGAAACGCUUUUGUUUGAUAAUUUACAAAUACAGAAGUCAGUUUGUGAGUUGAACCACAAGUUAACAUACCCAUCAUUGACUGAGUUCUUCAGAUAUAUGGACUUUGAUGAAUCAAACGUACUACAGAAGGAUUUGAUUCCAAUAUUUUUACAUAAAACGGGGCUUUCAAACUUCGUCGGAGAUGACACGUGUUCAAUAACAACUCCGAGACGCUCGCACUCAAAAACUGUUACCGAAUGUGCAAAUAGUGAUCUGCCUAUACUGAAUGGUAUUCUCAGUUGUUCGUUUAGCAAUAACUGCAGCAUGGUUAACUGUUGCUUCGACGCGCCGUUUAUUCAAAGGACUCUUUCUGUCGGGUUUCAUAUAGAUACAUGUGGAAGAAAAUUGACAUUAAACAUCGAAAAAUUGACUUUCGUUUUAGAAUUAAGUGAAAUGACAUAUGGGAAAGAACAAUUAUUUGAUUUGGCGGGGAUAGUCAAACUAAGUAUGAAGAUAGAUUAUAUCACAGUGAAUAAUUUGAUUGUAAUGGAUAUGGGCGUAAAGAUAUGUUGGGACAAAGACAGUUGUAUUCUGGACACAACUAUAAUGAAUAGAACAGAGAUAUCAACGCCUCUUUGCAAUUUUGAUCAAGGAUUCAUUGUUAAAGACUUUUCCGUUGAAAAGUGGAAGCUGGAACACGAUUUAGGACCAACUGAAGUCGUUGAAGGGUUAUUGUCUGAUCAGCUUUUUGAACAUUUGAAAAUCGCUCAGUAUCUGUCUCCAAGGUGCAACAUCGUUUAUACACCUAAUAUCUCAAAGGCAGCAGAGUGUUCUCAGAAAUUGCCACAUUGGUUUGAAAACAACGAUGAUCUUGUAUGUGGAUUCUAUGACUCGUGUACUAACAUCAAAUGUUGUCUAAAUUCAAAACCUCUUGGACGAUCUUUCACAAUCAACGUAGAAAUUAAGUCUUGUGAAUUCAAAAUGGUCAUUGCUAUAGAAAAAGUCAAACAAGAGAUAUCGUUGAUUAACUACAAUUGGGGAACAAGCGAGACAGUCAGUUUGUUUGGAAUUGUAACCCUUACGUAUUCAAUUUAUGACGUAUCAGACGAAAAUGCACUAAUAGUCAACAUGCAUCUAUCUGUGUGUCCUGAACCAAAGUCUCCGUGUAUAUUUAACGAAAUUAUAAUGGACUACCACAGAAUAAAGAAAGAUCCGUGCGACUUGAAACACGUUUCUAUUGCACAAGAGUUUAACUUUGAUGAGUGGACGAAAUUCAAGGACCUUGAUUUAGGAUCAUUUUCAAAUCAUGGGACACAAUAUCUUAUGCAAGAACUAGGAAUUGAUACAGUAUUAUACCAACAGAUGUGCAAUCUGUACGAUAAAAUAUACGAAUCAGAUGAAGUAGAAGAAGGAUGUUCUCCAAAAGACAUUUUUACCCCGUUGAUGCCUACGGCUGCAUGCAGAUUUUCAGAAGAGUGUAUGAAUUUAGAAUGUUGUUUGGAUGUUCCUGACAUAAACAGACAUUUUAAAAUCCAGUUUAUAUUCGAUCCCUGUAACUUUAAAUAUUCCAUCAACAUUGAAAAGUUUUCUUUUGAAAACAAGUUAAUUGACGUGGAUAUAUCAGAGGAACAAACAAUAUCAUUACGCGGCGUGUUGACAACGAGAUACCGUGUUGAAGAUAUGGCUGUAGAUGGUCUUUACAAAGUUAAUUUCGGAAUAAAAGUUUGUUUGGACCGACACACGUGCCCAUUGGAUAUUCAAAUUUUAAACGAUACAUUAAUCCCAAAGCCAAACUGCUUUAUGAAAGUUAAACAGGGAUACAAAUUGAACGACUUCUCUUUACAAAAGUGGAUCAGCAACUUAAACUCUAAUGUAUCAGUAUCACCUCUUCCAAAGGACAUUGCUUCAAUUUUGACAAGUGAAUUAGGCAUUUCCCGAUUUUUGAAAACAAAUACCUGUGCUAAAGGAGUCCAUCCUUACCAACAUCAAGGCUGGACUUUGGGAGAUUGUCCUUUGAAUGUUUCCAUACCGGAUCAUGAGCUGAAAGAAGUUUCAUGUGCGGUUACCGGAUCAUGUACCUCACUCACAUGUUGUAUACCCAUUCCAAUAAUAGAUAGUAACGUGGAAAUUCAUGUAGAUAUAGAUCCUUGCACACAAAUGAUGAGCCUAGGUGUUGAACGUCUCAACUACUCACUCAGUCUAAUAGAUUAUGAAUUUGGCAGAAAAGAAUACGUUUGGCUUUCAGGAGUCUUUCGGCUAUCGUUCACUGUACAUGAUAUUACAAGUAAACACGAAUUUCUUGUGUCUCUAACAUUUGAAGAAUGCUGGGAAUCCGCUGGCACCUGUUCUAAACAGAUGAAAUUAUUGGAAAAUCAACUACUCCCAAAAAAGAUCUGUAACUUUAGUACAGGCUACAAUAUUCCAGACUUUUCCCUUACUACAUGGCUAUCCGGGCAUGGACUUAACGCACAUGAAAGUCUUAAGCUACAUAUACGAAAUGAUCUCCUUGCUGAUUUAGGACUUGGUGCUUACCUUAAUGAACAUGAAUGCUCAUUAAAGCAAGCAUUGAAUUCAGACGGAUGGCUCAAUGAAUGUCCAAAAUCUACACAGCUGCCCUCGCUACAAAGUGGCAUACAAUGCUCGCUUCAUGGUCAUUGUACGUCAGUCAGUUGCUGUGUAUCUAUGGAUCAGAUAGGAUAUUUCCUCCAAGUCGGCCUCGAUAUAGACCCAUGCUUGCAUACCCUUACAAUACAAAUUGAACGCCUCAAAAGAGAAAUCCCCUUAUUAGAAUAUUCGUAUGGAACAACUGAAGAAUUUUGGUUGUUUGGUAUUGCACGGAUAAGGUAUCAAGUAUACGAUUUACAAGAAGAAAGAAAAUACCAAGUGUCUGCGGAAAUAAGCAUUUGCACUGAAUCUCAUUUACCAUGCAAAGUUUAUAAGGUUUUUGAUAAUACUAAGCUGCACCAAACUCUUUGCGAUUGGGAACUAGUAACGAAGCCUUUUGAAGAAUUUUCAUUGGCUAACUGGAUGGAUAACUUCGGGGGAAUUAAGAACAUCAGCAGUCUGCCAGUUUACGCUUAUGAUUUACUUUAUAACGACAUGGGUAUUGCAGACUUUCUCUCGGAGAGUCAGUGUGUUGUCGGCUUACAUCCAUUUAUUACCAGAGCCGGCAUUUAUAACGAAUGUACCGGAUAUUCUAAGCCAACAAAACCACUGGGUCCGUUAUCCUGCCAUCUUAGUUCUACUUGCAUGGAUAUAGAAUGUUGCAUCGACACAAACAUUCUACCUAGAACACUUCACACAUAUCUAAAGAUAGAUGCUUGCCAGCAAAAACUGACUGUUGGCAUUGAAAAAUUCACGUUUGAACUGAAUUUAGUCAAUUACGACUAUGGCGAACAGGAACAGUUUUGGUUACAAAAGAUUAUUCGAGUGGAUUUCCGCCUUUAUGAUUUACAAGAGGAAGCAGCAUAUGUUAUUGAUCUUGAUGUCAGUGUUUGUCUUGAAAGUGGCGGUGCUUGUUCUCUUAAGCAAACUGUAUUUUCUCAAGCGGUUUUACCUAAACCACAGUGUGCCCUCGCUGAAGGAUUUAAAAAGAACAAUUUUUCAAUUUCUGGCUGGAUAAAAAACCACGGAUAUACACUUGACCAAAGCAUUUCGGACUUGGAUUAUUCAGCGUUGAUGUCAGAUCUUGGCUUGCCUAGAUAUCUCUCACAAGGAGAGUGCACUCUGCCAGACUAUGCAAAUAAAGCUUUAGAUGUUGCAAUGUCAAAAUGUGCUCUUAGUCACUUUCUUCACAGUCUUCCAAGUGAAUUGAAGUGUUAUCUAUCAACAUGUAACGAUGUGAAAUGUUGCCUGUCAGUGAAUCCCAUCGACAGAAACUUCAGUAUACAAUUCAGUGUUGAUCCUUGUCAGCAGUUAUUAACUGUGGAGAUUGAAGAGUUCAAAGUACAACUGUCUUUGCAAGAUUUCGACUGGAACAAAGAGCAAGAAAUUUACUUGAAAGGAAUAAUAAGAUUAAUAUUUGUUUUGGAAAACCUUGACGGUGAAAAUGCUUUUGUGUUGACGUUAACAACUAAAGCAUGCCUUGAAUCAAACGGCACAUGUUUGUUUGAGAAGAACAUUUUCAACAAGGCGAAAUUUUCAAAACGAUUUUGUGAUUACUCGACAAUGGAGACAUUCCCUAUAAAGGACUUUUCACUACUUGAAUGGAAAUUACAAAAUGAAGUCCAAACAGACGUGCCACUUGAAAAGCCAUUCUCCGAUAUUUUACUUGAAGACUUAGGCCUGUCAACGUACAUAAAUGACAUAGAGUGUAAUGUUAACAACACAAAGAUAAAUUAUGGAUGGGAAAAUAGUUGUCCGUAUACAAAUACCAAAGCCUUGCCGUCAAGUAUGUCAUGUACUCUGAAUAGUGCAUGUACGAAGCUAGAGUGUUGUGUGUUUGUGAAUGCAAUCAACAGAAAUAUCAAAUUUUAUUAUAACAUCGAUGUAUGUAAGUCAACAGUGGAAGUAAAUGUUGAAAAACUACAGUUGAGAAGAACUAUAUUCGACUUUAUACGGGAACAGACAAAAAGAUUGAACUUUGGAGGCAUCGUUCGCUUUGACUUUUCCUUCUUCGACCUACAAAAUGAAAAGAAGAUCAUGUCAACUGCGAAGCUGAGUGUCUGCUUUGAAUCAUCCUCGUCAUGUGAUAUACAGUCGACCAUUCUUGAUGGAGUGCUCUUUCCUAAACAGUCAUGUAAAUGGAAUCGGGAUUAUGUUACAAAAGAUUUCUCUUUGCAAAAAUGGAUAUCCAAUGAGGGGUUAACAGCCGGCAAGCCUUUGGAUUCAUAUUACUCCUCAAAGUUGUUGAACUCACUCAACCUUUCUCCGUUCCUUAACGAAACAUCUUGCCAAGGAAAUGUAUCAAGAAAUACUUCAUGGACGAAUGAUUGCCCUAGAACUCUUACAACCGGAUUGCAGAAUUUGCCACACAACGUGUAUUGCACUAUUGGCCAGAGCUGUACUGAUGUAGAAUGUUGUGUUGAAGUAGAGACAGUCAAUAAAACUUUCAAAACUCUGUUAAACGUUGAUCCUUGUACACAUCAAAUAACGUUUGCAAUUGAAAAGUUUAAACAUUCAAAACAACUGUUUAAUUACACAUGGGGUCAGACAGAACAUCUAUGGUUAUACGGAGUCAUUCGUUUGAGUGUGUCUGUUUAUAAUCUUGAGAGAGGAAGUUUGAUUUGGAUAUAUGGUAUAUGGUAUAUACAAGCACAAGGACUUUCUCCAGGCAAUGACUUGACAGAAAAGUACACGCACAUACUGUACAACGACCUUAAUCUGUCACCAUAUAUUGGCGAACAGUGCAACAGCAGCACACUUAAUAUUUCCAGCUUAGGAUGGGCAAACGAAUGCCCAUACGCAAUUGAUCUACCUAAGCUACCGGAUUCUACAAAGUGCCGAGUCCCAACAUUUUGUACAGGCAUAGAAUGUUGUUCGGAAGUGAGCCUUCUUACAAGAAAACUGAAUACAUACAUUUUCUUCCAAACUUGCUUAAAUCGACUUGAAAUAGGAAUAGAAAAGAUGACAUAUAAUUUGGAUUUGAAUGACUUUGACUUUGGAGAAGAGAAAAUCGUCAGUUUACAAGGAGUUUUCAAACUUCGCUUUGUGAUUGAAGACUUGAGAAAUGAAGGUGUUCUUCUGAUGACUUUCGAUAUAAAUAUAUGUUACUAUGCAAAGAAAACAUGUUCCGAGACUUUUAAUAUUCUAAAAAAUACAAAACUACGAAAGCCUGUUUGUGACAUGAGUACAGGAUACAAAAUCAAAGAUUUCUCGAUGAAGAAAUGGCUAGCAGACAAAGGUCUUGUUGCAGGACUUGUCGAGGUUUUGCCUAUGUCCAUGUUACAUGAGGAACUGGGCAUAUCUACAUACCUAAAGGAAGACGUUUGUAAAAUACAUACAAAUACAAGUUGGAACAAAGAAUGCCCUCUCGAUGUUCUGUUACCUAAUCUGCAGGAUAACACUUUCUGUACACUCAGUAAGACAUGCGAUGCCAUUGACUGUUGUAUGCACUCCACACUUCUUCAGCGUAAUUUUGCAAUGAGUCUGCAAGUAGACCGCUGUAAAAUGACAUUGACAGUUGCUAUAGAGAAACUUUCGUUUGAAAUAUCACUGCUCGAUUAUGAUUGGGGGAAAGAGAAACAAUUUGACCUGUUUGGUGUGAUUAGAAUGAGAUAUUCCGUUGACGAUCUACGUGUGUCAGGAAUGUACCUUUUAACUGUCCAAAUGGCUGUUUGUUUGGAAUCUAGCGACAAAUGUGAAUCAAUUGCUACGGUCCUUAAUAAUACCCUCAUCACAAAAAUGCCAUGUGAUCUUGAUCCAGGAUUUGUCAUUCAGAAUUUUUCACUUUCCUCUUGGCUCGCAACAAAAGGAUAUCCUCUCAAAAGUUACCUGGGUUAUGACGUUACAUCUGAACUGCUAGAAGUUCUAGGAAUUGUUGGGUACCUUAACGAAUCACAGUGUAUAAGGAAAUCACCAACAUAUAAACCGUCAGCUUAUGGUUGGAAAAAAGAUUGUUCACUUGGUGUUAACAUAAGUCCUCUAGAAAACAUACUCUCGUGUAACCUCCAAGAAUCAUGUUCUGCCGUUGAUUGCUGUGUGGAUAUUUAUCUGCUGGAAAGAUCUUUUAACGUGAAGUUCAACCUAGACCCUUGUUCAAGCACAUUAGAACUGAGCAUAGAAAGGCUGCAUUUUGAUGUUUCUUUAGACGAUUACGUCUCUGGAUCUCAGUCACGUUUCUGCUUAUACGGAGUUAUUUGUUUAGACUACUCGAUAAAAGAUCUAUUCUGGUCCAACAUCUAUAUCGUCGAUCUGAAGCUCAGUGUUUGUUUCGAAUCGUCAUCAUCUUGUCAGGUUGAAAGUCAAAUAUUUAAAUCCACCGUUUUGCCGAAAAUGAUAUGUGACUGGGAAAGUGUGAAUUCUGUAGAAAACUUCACAUUGGCGAAGUGGUUUUCUGAACGAGGUUUUGCAGACAUGAGCACGCUUCCAUCAUACAUCGCUACUAUACUUGCAAAUGAUAUUGGACUGUCGAUGUAUCUCGGCGAUAAGGAAUGCGAUAGACAGUCAGUACCGUAUAUGUCCAAUUCAUCAAGCUGUUCAUCAGAUUGCCCUCUGUCAAUAAAAAAUCCAGUGACAAUAAGUAAUGACCUGUCUUGUCAUAUACCUGACUACUGCACAGCUGCUGACAUCUGCCUUUACAUUCCACUUAUCAAUCGCAAUAUCCAUGCUUACCUUAGACUCCAUUCAUGUGAAGCCUUACUAGAAGUUGGUAUUGAACAGUUCACAUUUUCAGUUGGAUUAUUUGACUACGAAUUCGGAAAAGAACGUGAAUUAAUUCUCAAAGAUGUUUUCAUGCUGAAAUUUCGCAUUGAUGACCUAACAAUAAAAGGAGUAUAUGUCGUUGAUUUAUAUUUUAACAUUUGCUUCACAAAUGCCAGUUGUGAGAAAUCAUAUGCAAUUUUUGACCGAUCAGUACUUCCGAAAAUACCAUGCUCUUGGAAUAUGGGAUUUAGAAACCAAUCAUUUUCUCUAAAUGAAUGGCUGGUUGACCGUGGAAUCACAAAAGGAGAUGUAACAGAUGUACAACGAGACCAACUGCUGGAAACACUUGGUGUGGCGCCGUAUAUCGAAGACAUUAAUUGCUAUCUUCAUGAAUCGCCAUUCUCGCCAUCACAAAGUGGCUGGAAUACCGAAUGCCCAGCAGAUUUAGAAUUAGAACCUCUGCCGUCAGGUAUAGGAUGCUAUAUUUCUGACAUGUGUACAGCAAUACGUUGUUGUCUUGAAGUUGAUAUCAUCAAAACAUCUGUUCAGUUUUAUGUCACCGUUGACGGAUGCAAAAAACAAUUAACAGUUGGUAUUGAGAAAAUGAACACAGUCAAAGACAUCAGUGAUUACAAAUUUGGCUCAUGGGAUCGUUUCUAUUUGAACGGGGUCUUCAAGUUAGAUUUCAAGAUUGAAAACUUUCAAGGUGGACGUAAAUAUGUCGUAGAUAUGAACGUAAGCGCUUGCUUUGAAAGUCAUGGAAACUGUUCAUAUAUAAUUUCUGUUCUUAAACAAAUGAUUUUGCCUAAAGUGAAAUGCAGUUGGCUUAAUGGAUUCAAUAAUGCAGACUUUUCGCUGGAAACUUGGAAACUUGAAAAUGGUGUGAACAAAGGCGCUGCACUUUCACAGAAUCAGUUUGAUGUACUUGCUAAUAAUCUCGGAAUAGGUCAAUACCUUAAAGAUAACGAAUGUGCAUUGUCAUCUGCAAGACCUUUAGAUGGCUGGGCAAACUUGUGCCCUUUGAAUGUGAAGUUACCCGCACUUCCAAACAGCACAGAGUGCUCGAUUGACUCAUCUUGUUUGAACAUAAUAUGUUGCGUUUUUGUGAGUGAGCUAAAUCGAAAGUUUAGCUUCUCUCUACAAGUGGACGACUGUAACUACCAGAUAUCAGCUAGCAUUGAAAACCUGGUGAUGGAGAGGAAAUUGUCUGCCUUCGAAUUUGGUAAAAAGAUUGUGUUUGACAUGGAUGGAUUUAUGGCGAUACAGUUCAUGGUUGUUAAUCUAGAGUACAAGAACAAAUAUAUGUUAGAUUUAGCUGUAGAUAUACAUUUGGAAGCACACAAACCAGCUGCCAUGUCUGUGAACGUUCUUGACGAUGUGAUAGUGUCACGGUUGCCGUGUCAGGUCAAUGCUGGGUUUAUAGCCAAAGACUUCUCGCUAGACAAAUGGAUGGAAGCUGGCAAUGUCAGUGUUAUUGACGAAUACCAGGCUGUUCAACUGCUGGAAGACAUUGCGAUUGCACCAUUUAUGUUCUCCAACGAAUGCAAAAUGCACAGUGACUCAAAAAUAGAUAUCGCCCUUUGCCCUAUGAAUGUCAAUGAUUUACACGUGUACGGUCCAGCAACAUGCUCACUCUCAGAACUUUGUUCCGGUAUUAUAUGCUGUUUAAGAUCUCCUGAAAUACCGAUGAAUUUUCAAAUCGAGGUUCAAAUAGAUGCUUGUAGGGAAGAAAUAACCGUAGGAUUGGAAAAAUUGAGACACUUAAUUCCGUUCAGAAACUUUACUUGGGGUGAAAUGCAAACCUUUAGUUUAUAUGGGGUACUUAAGAUUGAGUUGGAAAUAUCGGAGCCAGUUAAAUCACAGGUAUACAGUGUAAAUUUAAAUGCAUGCAUAUGCCUUGGCGAAAAAGAAACAUGCAAAACAGAAGUUCAAAUUCUUAGAGAGAAAUAUUUAACUGCCUUGCCGUGUGAUUGGUCAGCAGGAUUUUUGGACGAAAGUUUCAAAUAUGAGAGUUGGCGAAACAAAUCUCAUUAUGACAGCACGCAGCUUCCAGAAACCGGUGUUGAAUUUUACUUGUCAAAAAUUGGUGUUGAACCUUACUUGAAGACUACACAAUGUGACACAACGGCGCUUCCAUAUAUACCAACAUCUGCUGUCGGUUGGACAUCAGAGUGUUGGAGCAAUGUUAGCUUUCAAACAUUACCUGAUCACACAAGAUGUUUUAUGGACGACACGUGCUCCGGAUUUCAGUGUUGUUCUUAUGUCGACAUGAUACAACGAUCAUUUGAUAUAACAUUUAAACUGGAUCCCUGCAGUCAAACAUUAACAAUCGGAAUUGAACGCAUUUUGAAGCAUAUCUCUUUGACAAAGUUUGAAUUUGAUGUACACAACAAGUUUUAUGUAAAUGGAUUUAUUAGACUGGACUAUUUAAUCAAAGAACUUCCAGUUCAGCGGGUAUAUAUUGCAAGCGUAAACCUAAGUAUUUGUUUGGACCAAGAAAACUGUCGGACCGAAGUUGGAGUUCUCAGAAAUAACAUUCUUCCUCUGUCGAUUUGUGACAUGAACCCCGAAUACACAAACAAAGACUUUUCACUGACCCAGUGGAAGGAAGAUAGGAGCAUAUCUAUAUUUGGCACUCUUGAUCACGUGGAAGAGAUAGAACUGAUGACAGAUUUGGGUGUCUACCCGUACAUGAUGGAAACGGGGUGUGCAGUGAUAAACAGCAAUAUAUCUCAAGAAUGUGGUAUAGUGCCUACUUUCCCGCCAGAAUGCAGUUUAUCUGAAACGUGUUCGAGAAUAUCGUGCUGCAUACAGUCCGACAUUUUACAGCGGCGAAUUUUCUACGAGCUGGAUUAUGACAGAUGCAAUCAUUUGAUAAAUAUCACAAUUGAGACAUUCAGCAGGACAUUGUCACUCUAUGAUUUUGAAUACGGAAAAGAAAUAAAGAUUUCAUUGUAUUCAGUAUUGCAAAUGGAAUUUAUGGUUGAUUUCCUGAUGAUGAGUCAGUCACACGUCAUUUCCAUCAAAAUUAGUCAAUGCUUUGAAUCCAAUGAAAUAUGUUCAGAAGUUGUUGAGGUUCUCAAAGAACAGAAAUUUUCAUCCGAAGAUUGCCCUAUCAAUAAAAAUUAUAAGAGUAACGAAUUUUCUUUGACGGAAUGGGAAACACAUAGAAACAUAAAUGAUACUAAACUACCGGCAUAUGCAAGAAAGGUUCUUCAUCGUGACCUUGGAAUAAGUCAGUUCUUGAAGGACAGUGAGUGCGCUGUGAUGCCUUUCGAUGAUUCAUAUGGUUGGAAUUCAGACUGUGCUGAUAACGUAACUUUACUCAACAUCACUGACACGGACACAAGAAUAUCAUGCUACUUACACGCAUCAUGUUCCGAUUUAAAUUGUUGCUUCUUUGUCGAUGAAAUUCAACAGACAUUUGAGUACCAGUUUCUGUUUGACCCUUGUGAACUUAUACUUACUGUCGGGAUAGAAAAGCUUCAUCACGAAAUAUCACUGAUUGAUGCAGCGACAGGUCAUUACCUAACAAUGAGCCUGAAUGGCUUCCUACGAAUCGAGUUUAUGAUUGAUGGGAGCACCGAGAAUGAGUACACAAUAAACUUACGAUUCAAAGUAUGCAUGGAAAGUGCAUUUGAAUGUAACCGUGACAUUGAAAUACUGCGUAACCACGUUGUGAAACGAAAAUGUGAAUUUAAACCAACAUUUCAAAUACCAGGUUUCACAUUAGAGGGCUGGAAAACUAACAAUUCAUUGCUACCAGAUGCUAUAUUGACAGACAAACAAAAGGAUGAACUGAUGCAACAAAUGGGCUUGGAUCAUUUUCUUCUGAAAGAACCAUGUAAAAUAAAUGCUUACGUGACAAAAGAUGGUGUUGAGAUUAUUCACAAUGAGCCGAAUGCUUCUUGUAUAGCUACAAAAGAUAAAAGGAGCUUCGAUUGUUGUAUUGAGUCAAAAGUCCUUGGAAGAAAUCUGUGGAUGAACUUUACUCUAGACCCAUGCAAUUACCGAAUGGAGAUGAACCUUGAAAAUAUUCAACAAAAAUAUGCUUUGCUUGUUUAUGAAUGGGGAACUUUACAUACAUUGUCAACUAAAGGCCUCUGGAGUACAGAGUAUAUGGUUACAAACGUGCAGUCACAGCACGAGUUUGACCUAGAUAUAUCACUUCAGCAAUGUUAUGAGACAACAUGUAAAAUCACACCGUUCAUCGUUGCUAAAGAUAUCCGUAUAUCUUAUCCCACGUGCGAAAACGUCACCAAAAAUGAUACACGUCAACCAUAUUACGGAAUUACGUAUGACUUUUGGAGGCAGCCUAUCUGCACAACUGAAAACAUAACCGCAACUGCAAGUGCAUGUGAUACAUUACCAGAAGAACUCCAGAACAGUUGUGCUUGGUUCCCAGAUUGCUCAGGAAUUCAGUGUUGUACGGAAUUUCAUUUCAGUGAGGGCAAACGAAAUGUAAUGCUAGAAUUUAAUCGUGACUGUGAAAAUAGCAAGUUCCAAUAUGGACUCGAAAACAAAAAAUGGAAUAGACCAGUUUCAGAACUUAGCAGACCUAUACACGAGGAUAUUGCUGAUGCGAUCUUUAUUGAUAUGAAUGUAACUAAUGCUGCAUCAACAAGUUACGAUGUAUCAGUAACCGUGAUAGUAUGCACAGGCACUCAGAAUUCGUAUGAUUGUCAACUUAAUUUCCGAAUGUCACAAUCAUUAAAAUGUUCGUCUCGCAAGAGACGACGACGACGACAGGCUGUUCAAGAUGUGGUUACACUUGGUAUGGACAUGAAAGAAGCAGUGACAAUUUUAAUCAGCCAAGGAACAUCGAAAGAAAAUAUACAGCAAUUUAUUAAUGAUGCUAUCAAAUACCAGAGUGAUCAAAAAGCACAUGUAUGGGAAGGGGAGCAAUUGAGUGACUCAGAUUCAAGCACAGGUUAUGCAGCUACCGUAAAGGCAUUAGGAGAGCACAACCCUCAAUCAAUGAAACACAGACAAUCAGAAGGUUAUGUGAAAGGGGAUAUUAAAGGCGCCGAUAAAAUCGUAGCUAUGAUCGAUGAAGUAAAUGACAUUGUUACUCGGACUGAUCAGCUGUUUGUUGUCGGAAUGGGACUUUCAAAGAAAGGGACGGAAUUACUCGGUGCAGAGCUUGCAAAUAUGACAAUUGGUGAUUUGGAAGCAAUGCUGGAAACCAAUAAAGUCGAUCCUACUAUGAUUGGAAAACUUGUUCAUGAUUUUAUAGAUCUAGCCAAAGCAUUGUAUUCUGAAGUAAUAGAAAAAAUAUUCUCCGGAGGCCUUGGCAGCCCAUUCAAAUCCUUCGACAUCUCGUUGACUGGGCAUUUUAAAAUACCGAGGAAAAACAUCAUAUUCUUUAAAUACAAUCCAGUAUUUUACCUUGGUGGUUUCAUAACAGUGAGAUUUUCAUUUGGGGCUGGAGGUUAUUAUGGCCUAAAUCUUGGAUGGGAAGGAAAACUUAUUGCUAUGACAGCCGCAGCAACAGUCGUCCCUUAUGGAGGCUUAACGUGUUGGGGAGAAGUUGAAGUUGGUAUCGCAGCACUGUAUGCUAAGCUUCGGCUGGAAGGAGAUAUCGUGGAUCUAAGGUUUCCUACUCGUGCUGAAAUUGGAUUUUCAAAAUUCCCAUUGGAUGUAACAUUGAAAAUGGAUAUGGAAUUAAUUCCAAUCAGCCUGCGUUUAAGUGUACUGGUAACGCUUGAAGUGGAUCUGGCCCUUGUCUCAUUUACAAAGGAGCUAUUCAAGAAAAACAUUUGGGAAUAUACGGCACCAAGUAUAAGGAAAAACUUGAUCGACGUUUCAACGAAAGAACAAGAUGAAUCGCCACCCCAGUUCUCACCUGUAGUAAACAUAAAAGGCAGUCGACGGAAAAGGUCAACAUCUUCGUGUGAUAUAAGUCAAAUUAGGAAUAGAGAUUAUACCGAGCCAGCGUUUGAAAUAUCUGUAGCAGCAGCAGACGACAAAAGUAACGUUAAGUUUUUCCUUGACGUCGGAACAUUCCCUGCCGGAAGUAACGUUGUAAACAACCGUCAGCUUGGUGGAUCAUCAACUGUCUUGGCAACAGCGGUAGACGAAUAUCCGUCCGGAGAGCCAUUGUAUUACACGGUUUAUGCUGAAAAUAGUGCUGGCACUAGAGCAGGAGUAACAUGCAUGCUUACAACCUACGAUACUACAGAACCAACCGCGAGAAUUUCUCCAGCAUUCCUGUCAACGAGCAAUCCGAAUGUCAUUAAGGCAUCGGUGUUAGUUCACGACGACUCCAUCAUCACUGAAUCUUACAUAGGUGUCGGAUACGGAAAGGGGAGUUAUGGGGAUCAAUUGGUUCCGUGGACACUGCAAAAUAUAUACGAAAGGCCACAUGUUCCUUCGGGUGUAGAUCCUUUGAAACAGUUUUCCGACAUAGAAGAUGGAAAAUUCAUAUCGUCUCCUAUCUCAACAACAACUAAAGUAUCGACAGCAACUGCCUGCGCACAAUCUUGUCUAGCACUUGAACAUUGCGUUAGUUUCAAUUACGACUAUGGCCCUAGUGGAACAUGUGAAUUGCUUCGGUCAGUCAGACAAUUUGAUGACACUCUUGCACAGUCCGGCCUCUUCUCGCAUUUUGAACGCCUGUCAAGUGGUCACACCGUCGAGGUCAACAUUGUUAACCUUGACCUGCGACACAACCGUCUUCAUUAUGUUAACAUUGACAUCAAGAAUGUUCUAGGCUACAGGUCAAUUAUUCCAAGUGCUGGAAUAUUGACGGACUUUACAUGCCCAGAACCUGGACCUAUCGUCAAUUCAUCAAAAGAUGCUUUGGCUACGAAUGAUUGCCUACCACUGAUACCUUCAGACCGGCCGGAACUUAGAAGAUACUGUGUUGGUAUAAAUUCAAAGAGGCAAAAUCACAGAACGAUUAUUGACGGAGAGGGAUCCAGAACGGUGUUCAAUGGUGACAAACCAGUAUUCGAUCUGAAAUAUACCAGGAGUAAUAACUACAUCGCUGGUAACUGGGACGGUAUAACAGAUGACGAAACUGGUGUACGAGCAUAUGCAUUUGCAGUCGGAAGAAACAUUUGUGAAGAUUCUAUCCAUCCUCAUCAUGACCCACAUAAACAUUUAAUGCACGAAUCACAAUGGACAAACAUGGCGAUAAUGACGAAAACAGCGGAUUAUAAUCCAUUCCCACUUCCAUCUGGAAAGUACUACAUGACUGUAAGGGCGAUUAAUAAGGUUGAAUACGGUGGACCACUUGCAACAACUAUAUGCCAUACUGUACCGUAUAUAAUUGAUAUAACAAAACCGUUUGUGUUCGAAGUCUUUGACAUCAAGUAUGACGAAUUGCAAUAUAUUAUAUCGGCUGAACAUAACUCAACGGACUUUGAAUCUGGUAUAGACAAAGUCGAACUCUGUGUUGGAGACACUCCAAGAAAUUGUGAGCUGUUGAAAUGGACGAGAAGACCAAAGUCGCAAUACAUUAAUUAUACACAUCAUAUACCUGACGGUAUCCCAGCUUGGAUUCGUGUACGUGUGACAAAUAACGUUGAGUUACAUUCUGUCGGAAGAGCUGAUCAACCUAUCAUUGUCGACGCUAGUCCGCCAAUAAAUGGAACUGUUUUCGAUGGCCCAUUGUUUAAAGAGGAUUUACAAUAUACCAAGUUUUCAAAAAAAAUCUGCUUGAAUUGGUAUGGGUUUUACGACCCCCAAUCCGGAAUUCACUCCUAUGAAAUUGGAGUUGGCACAUCACCAGGAUCGACCGAUGUAGCUGAGUUGAAAACUCUAAAACAUAACGAACACUCUUAUUGUGUAGACUUGGAUGAGAAUUCUACACUGAUCCAUGAUCAUGUUUAUUAUCCAAUUGUAUGGGCGAAUAAUGGAGCCAUUAACCAACAGAACAUUUCAGGAAUAUCAAAUGGAGUUCGUGUUGACUUGACGAAGCCUAUAGCUGGAACAGCUGUUGAUGGAACAGACAAAAAUUUAACAGAUAUAGCGUUUAGCUCGUCAAUGUCGACAGUUCAACUACAGUGGGAUUAUUUUUAUGACAGAGAAUCAGGUAUUCGAGAGUACGACAUAUUGGUUGCCAGAAAAAGGCAUGGAAGUGACUGGACGAUAAUCAAAAACUGGUCGAAGUUUUCAAAUACUUCAAAAACAGCUGAGUGGAGAAAUGUUCAUCUGAACCACAAAGACGAAAUAAAGAGUACUGUUAAAGCAACAAAUGGUGCUUUAAAUGACGUCGAGAUUGUAACCGACGGAUUUAUUGUAGACCUGACUCCGCCUUUACUAGAACAUUUUAACGACGGGUUAAUCAAUGGAAAAGAUUUGGAAUUUCAGGUUGACGCUACCGAGGCUCAUGUGAAUUACCAGUUUAAAGACCCUGAAUCUGGAAUAAAAGAGUUAAGAUACCAGCUGCAUGAAAAGAAGCAUGGAAAAUUGAGACAAAUAUAUCCAAAAAUAAAAGGGUCAUGGAUCAAGAUAGGUGAUACAAAUGCAACACAGCAUACGGAGUCGGGAUUGACACUUUCUGUUGGACAUAAAUAUAUAUCAAGACUUGUUGCAAUAAACGGUGCUGGCCUUAUCUCAACAUAUGAAACAAAUGGCUUCAUUAUAGAGAACACCCCACCAAAGAUAAGAUGGAUUCGUGUCGGGGUAUUAACUGGAUUGGAACAUUUAAUAGACGGUUAUGUUUAUCAAUCUGACCAUGGAGGCAUCAAAGUUUGCUGGUCGGCAAGUGACCCCGAAAGCGGAAUAGCUGCAAUCCAGUACUCCGUUGGAACAACUAAAGGUUCAGACGAUAUUAUGCCGUGGACAGAGACAGAGACAACGUCUGACAGUGCAUAUCUACCAUGCUCGUUGAACGAUACAGAUACAGACAAUUCUAACAAACCAGUUUACUAUGUGUCACUGAAAGCCAAAAAUGGAGCAGGUCUUUGGAGCACUGUGAAAAAUUCUUCGCCGAUUAUUGUCGUUCCAGAAGAUGUUACAGGAGUUGUCCAUGAUGGGCCAUUUGAAGAUUGGACAGACGAUUUAGAUUAUCAGGCUGAUGAACACACAGUAACAAUGAGGUUCUCUGGCUUUGAAAGCAGUUUACAUGGAAUAAUGUUAUUUGACUGGGCUAUUGGUACAUCUCCUGGUGCAGAAGAUGUACAGCCCUUCCUGGAGGACGGAAUUAUCCACAAUGAGGAGGAAGAUGUGACAGGAAACGGUCUAACCAGUUCAGGGUUUGCACAAACUGUUAUUGAUAUUGAUCAUGGUGGUUCAUAUUUUACGACACUGAGAGCUAAAACAAACAAAGGUGAUAUUUUACAAGCUACAACAAACGGAUUUAUAGUUGAUACAACCAGGCCAGAAGUUAAUUUUAGCAAAUUGUUAGAAUCAACAGCAAUACAUCAACAUGCCGUUCUGUAUCAAAAGGAUGAGUCAGUUCUUAGUGCAAUCUGGAAUUUCUCUGACCCUGAGUAUAUAGAAAGAGACAGCAUAAACAAUAUAGAUUUAACAUGGUUUUCUGUUGGAUCAAUUCCAUACAUGGGCAAUAUCUAUAACAUGACUUACCAAAACAUUUCAUGGGAGACAGAGGCUUCUCUUCCCGUGGGAGAUGUAAGGCCCUCACUACAAGGUACAACAAAUGUGAUAAAUGUUGGAGUAAGAAACAAAGCUCGUCUAGAAAAUUCAAUCACUUCGCCACCAAUUAUUCAGGAUAACACUGCACCACUUGCCGGGACGGUUGAAUGUCCAGACUUUGUUCAGAGUCAUUCAGCAAUAAAAUGCUCCUGGACUGGUUUUGUUGAAAAGGAAAGCGAGAUUGCAAAAUAUUACAUCACUUUUGGCUCUAAGCAAGGAUUUGAUGACUUGAGGCUAGUUGAGGAAAUUCCGGGAGAAAUGAAAAUAUUUUCUGCAAAGGAUGUUGUAAAGGAUCAUAAUGAUAAGAUAUAUGCGACUAUCACGGCCGAAAACGAAGUUGGACUGACAGUAAGGGCGUACUCUAAAGUUAUUGUUGUCGAUGAUACUCCACCCACUGCUGGUGUUGUUGUCGAGUUAUCAAGUGUAGCAAGAAUUGAUCCAAAUAAUGUCGACAAAACUGUUCAAAUGAAUAGGAAAGCCUGCACAACGAUGGAAGAGUGCCAGAAAAUCGAUGCAGUUUGUACUGAGGCAUUCACACACCUGUCUGUUGCUUGGGCACACUUCAGUGACGAUGAAUCGGAAAUUAUUAAAUACCAGCUGGCAAUCGGAACUUCUCCUGGAGGAGCAGAUAUAUCACCUUUUAUAUCUUUAUCACCAGAACUGAAUCACUAUACCGUUACGAAUAUAGACCUUAAAGGACAAAGACAGGUGUUUGCAACAGUCAAGGCAUCCAAUUUUGCAGGACAUACAACCAGUGCUUAUUCAAAUGGAGUUUAUUUAUCGUAUCUAAGUCAAGGUUUACCGCCCCUUAAACACGUCGGUAUAUAUGAUUCGUCCCAACAUUCGGUCGGAGAUGUAGAAUUUCAGUCUGACACUAACACAAUUGGAGCAAAGUGGGACGUAUCUGGUGACCCAUGUCCUGUCGUAAAGUACGAAUGGUCUGUCAAGGAAACGGAUGGAACAGUUAUACAAGAUUAUAUUGACAUGUUUACCACUACAAGUGGAAGCACUGAUCAGUUAGACUUGAAAGAAGGACGAAGAUACUACAGUCUUUUAAGAGUUCAGAACAUGUUAGGAUUUGUGUAUACAUUGCGGUCAGAUGGAGUAACAAUUAAUUCUAACCCAAUGCUGCCUGGAAUGGUAUAUGAUGGAGAUGUAACAGGAUAUGACCUAAAGGUAUUAUCUUCACGUACAAUGGUAUCGGCAAAUUGGGAAGGCUUUGGAGAAUUACGACAACCUAAAGGUGUUAGUGAGAUCUUAACAGGAAACAAAGGUGUUGAUGAGGAAGACGAAGUUGAUCCGAAUCAACAAGUUGCUUAUUACGAAGUGGCUCUAGGAACAGACAGACGGUUUGAUAAAACAAGAGACAAUGUUGUACCAUUCACGAACGUUGGUUUGAAUACUUCUGUGACUUUCAAAGAUUUGGACCUUGAGCCAGGAUUUGCUUUUUACUACUUUACAGUGCGGGCAUUUAGUACAUCUUCCUCUUCAGCAACAAUAACUUCAAAUGGAUUCUUUGUGAGUUUUGAUGGUGGUGUUUCUGCUGGAUCAAUUACAAUGCCGGACUACAUAAACUCGGACAAAACCAUAAGUGUACAAUGGAAUGACUACACAUCUAAUGUUGGCAUAAUGUUAUACUACAUUGCAAUAUCUGAUCACCAAAAUACUACAUCAGAAGACUGUAGAAGAUAUGUUGACGGUGGUAAAGCAACGGAUAAAGAAAAAGAAGAUUUGUUCAAUGUUUAUAAUGUAACUACUGUAGGGGUCAGUACAUACAUACACAUUGACCAGCUGACGUUGACACAAAACUCGUCAUAUUUUCUAUAUAUAUUAGGCGUAGAUAAAGCUGGAGAGUGUAAUAUGACAUACAAGAGAUUUACAGUCGAUGUAACACAACCAGAAAACGGCAAAAUAACUGCUGGACCAUACUUCGACAUGGCAUUAGCAUAUACUAGAUAUCAAACAGAAAUUAAAACCAUAUGGAAAGGGUUCAAUGAUGGAGAAUCUGGGAUAGAUACCUUUAGAUUGACGCUUUGGCACAGCGGACCUUGCUCUGUUCAAACCACGAAGACCUUAAUGGGAACUAUCGAAGUGUUUGGAAACUACACAGAAUACAGAUUUACUAAUCUAAGCAUUGAAACAAAUGUUGUUUACCUGGUACACAUAGAAGCAAUUAAUCGAGCAAGAUUGAUAACAUCAGCUGAAACUUCGCCUAUAGUAUUUGAUAAUUCUUUGCCAACAGCGGGUCAUGUCAGUGAAGGGACUGUCUUCACAGAAGACCUGGUAUGGUGGGGAUAUACAGACCACAUUAAAGGAACAUUAUUACAUAAUGCUAUUCACAUCAGUGACCCAUGUCCGUCGAGAAACAUUUCAAUGGCAGACUUCGCAUGGAAACCUGUCGAAAUAAAACACUUAAAUGACCCAGAUGGAAUAGACUGGAAAAUUCAACACCGAUUAGCAAAUAUUCGUUACGAGGCAUAUGACGACGCAGUCAAUAUUAAGAUUUCCAGGGAUUCAAAGGCAGAGCGAAUUUAUUCAGCGGCAUAUAUGCGUAAAGCAGACAUGAAAGAUGAUGGAAUAUACGAUUUAUCAAUUCGGGCUGCUGAUGGUGAAGGCAUGGCUGUUACAGGCGUCACAUUCUGGGAUGGUGAUGAUGAUGAUUUACAUAUAUUUAAUCAUCAAACUAAAGCUUGGACUGAUCUUGGUUCUUGUAGCUGCUGCCUUGAAUCUAACACUACUGACUGUGAUUGUAAUUGUGCUGAGUACAUUGCGAGUUUGAAUAUGUAUAAUGGAACAGUUAAUGAAAAUACAACCGGUCAAAACAAGUCAUUUGAUAUGGAUGGGCCUGCAGACAUUGUUUCACAGCAAUCAUGUGGUUUUCAAAUACACGCAGGACAAGAACCGUAUGUUGUUACGUGGUGUAAAUUUUUCAACAACACUGGUAAAAGUAUGUCUGUAAGAUCAGAAAUUGACUUUAACCCAUCGACGGACUUUCACCAUUACAGAAUUGCUUUCUUUAAAUUAAAAGAAGAUAUCUCGGAAACAACUUGUAUAAACGUGUUUGCGGAUGGGAUGCAAAUAUCAGAGAUGUGCGGAUUGCCUCCGCUAAGUAUUCACACAAAAUUAAUUUUACACGUCUGGAAUAAGGACAACAUAGUUCCAGCUUUAGAUGUUUUCUAUCUUUGGCAAGCUAAUGCUUCUUUUAAAGACCUUGUCAUGCCACCAGAUGUAAACGCAUUAUGUCGAUAUGGCAACCCAUUCCAAGGAGGAACAAAUGCGAUUGUAAAGUAUGAGGCAGGUAUUGGAACAGCACCAGGGGCGAUUGAUAUGGUACCAUUCCAGGAGGUUAUUAAACCAUGCUUACCUUGUAUAAAUGCAUGUUCGAAAUAUGAGUGUGCAGUCGACUGUAAAUCGGAUGGCUACAUCUUAACAGACUUUAUUAUCAAAGAAAUUGAACUUGAUGCUUCCUUUAACAAUACACUGUACAUUUCAGUUAAAGCUGUCCUUGGAUCAGGCGGUGAAGUUAUCGCAUCCUCAAAUGGUUUCUACAUUGACAUUACUCCGCCGGUAUUUGACGAACACGUGAUGAUGUAUAUAGAUGUACGGCAAGGAGAGUUUACGCCAUCUGACUUCCAAGGAUCAAACAAUACAAUCAAAGCAUUAUGGCUGUGCAAUGAUGACAAGAGCCAAAUAGAGGAGUAUAAAUGGGCUAUUGGAACUGACGUCGGCUUGGAAGACAUACAACCUUAUACAUCAACUGGAACUGUUUCAAUGGCAAAAAAUGACCAAUUAGAGGGACAACUGGAACAUAAUACAACAUAUUUUGUGAGUGUAGCUUGCACGAACGCGGCAGGGUUAACAACUGUUUGGGAAGACAAAAAAGGUGUUACCGUGCUUCUAGAAGCUCCAGACCCGGGCACUGUCAAGGCUGGCGCGGUUGGUGCUGAAAAUUUUACCAAAGAAGUUGUUCCAGCAACAGCCGUUAAAUCGGAAGACCCAACUUCUUGCGGGGAAUCUUGGACUGUUAGCACAGAUCCAAACAUAAGACGUUACGAUUUCUGCGUUGGAACUUCCAUGGAUACAAUAGAUGAUAUAAUACCAUGUGUUUGGGUCGGAUAUAACAUGUCUGGAGUUGUUGAAAUUAAAAACGGGUUCCUUUUAAUCGACGGCAUCAAAUAUCGUAAGAUAUCUGAGCUCCGUGCUUUAAGCGAAGGGGUUUAUGAUUACAGUACGCCCAAUGACGACGAUAAUACUUUCCGUAUGGAGAGUGGCAGAACCUUGUUCUUAUUCAUGAGAUUGUGCAACAAAGCUGAGAUUUGCAUCAACAAGUUUGUAAACUCUUUACUGAUUACUGAUGAUAAUUCUGAACUUCUAAGUAGUGAUUCUGGAAAGGGCGAACAAUUUCAGUUGGAGACGUCACAAGAUGGUAGAGUAAAACGUAGCAUCGCUUUAGGAUUGAGUUUAGAAAUGCCAGAAGGAAUGGAAAAGGGGCAGAGUAUUUUAUACAAUGAGCUAUCAGAGGAAAACAUGACAAUGCGCUAUGACUCGGCUGCCUCAACAAUAUUUAAAUCAUAUAUUGUUAAUCCAGAUGAUACAUCCAACCAAACGGAAAGACUUCUUUAUAGAAGGAUACAUGCAAUAAAUAUGUCAUUUACACUAAGUCCUGUUGGUCAGAAGCCACUACCUGGACCUCUGAAACUUUUAUAUCCUAGUGUAAACACGACUGGCGAUGACACUGUCAUUAUGGUUAUUCAUUGGAAUCCAGACGUACAACAAUGGCAAAUUACUAACAACACAUGUAUGUUCGAUAAUGUAACGAUCACCAACAACAAUGAUGACUUAUCAUCUAUUCUGAUUUGUGAUACCCGCCUGUCCUCUAACAAUAUGACAGGAAAUCAAACAUAUUUUUCUAAGGAGACCCAGUUUUUGCACUAG